AUGAAGCUUUCUGUGAUAUCUGUUACUAUAGUAACCACCAGUCAUGGGGAAGCAGAACAGCAACUCCGCCCUGAGGUGAUGCAGGAUCUGCUGGAGAGCACGGACUUCACAGAGCAUGAGAUCCAGGAGUGGUACAAGGGCUUCCUGAGAGACUGCCCCAGCGGGAACCUCUCCAUGGAGGAGUUUAAGAAGAUCUACGGUAACUUCUUCCCUUACGGAGACGCCUCCAAGUUCGCAGAGCACGUCUUCCGCACCUUCGACGCAAACGGGGACGGCACCAUAGACUUCCGGGAGUUCAUCAUCGCUCUGAGCGUCACGUCGCGGGGCAAGCUGGAGCAGAAACUGAAGUGGGCCUUCAGCAUGUACGACCUGGACGGGAACGGAUACAUCAGCAAGUCUGAGAUGCUGGAGAUCGUACAGGCCAUCUAUAAGAUGGUGUCGUCUGUGAUGAAGAUGCCAGAAGACGAGUCCACUCCAGAGAAGAGAACAGAGAAGAUCUUCAGACAGAUGGACACCAACAGAGACGGUAAACUGUCUCUGGACGAGUUCAUUAAAGGGGCUAAAAGUGACCCCUCCAUCGUGCGUCUGUUACAGUGUGACCCCAGCAGCGCUGGGCAGUUCUAAACCGCCCUACCUUGGGGGUCGA